CACUAUUCUGAUCAGAAAUUUUUUGGGUUAUGCAGAAAAAAUGGGAAGAGACAGACAUGUUGGUAGAGGAUAGACGUGUUGAUACAUCUCCAUGGGCAUGGAUAAAGGCUAUAAUGCUUUUGGUGGUAGGAAUUGCUCUAUUAGGAGUUCUAGCAGAACCACUGAUCCAUAGUGUUCAAUACUUCUCCAAAUCAGCAAGCAUACCAUCUUUCUUCGUAGCAUUUAUCCUAGUCCCAUUGGCUACCAAUGCUAGAGGUUCAAUAUCAGCUAUCAAAGCCGCGAGUUGGAAGAAUCCAAGAACUACUUCUCUAACAUUCUCAGAGAUCUAUGGUUCGGUGUUCAUGAACAAUAUUCUUGGAUUUUCAGUCCUUUUAUCAUUAAUUUAUUUCCGCGGAUUGUCAUGGGAUUUCUCAGCCGAAGUACUGAUGAUUUUGAUCGUCUGUGUGAUAAUGGGUUUCACUGCAAGUUUCAGCUCCAAAUUUCCCAUUUGGACAUCCUUGGUGGCAUACUUGCUAUACCCAUUGUCUUUGAUCUUGGUUUAUGCAUUUGAUGAUUAUUUUAGGUGGUCUUGAAACUCAAGUUUUGCUUCAAAUCUUAUUGAAAACUAUAGAUAGAUAGAAAGACCAAAACUGUGUAAUUUUUUCCGAAACUUGAAGGAAAAUCAAUGUAAUUUACCUAUAUUUU